AUUAUACACCAAAGAUCUAACAGGCAAAAAUCAAAACUGAAUAAAGAUCCUGUUAAAGAAAAAAGAAAACAGAGAGACAAAUACCCGAAAAAAAAAAUAAAGAAAACAAAGAAGUGAAUAGAGAUGGCAUUUAGGCAGCAAAGAGUUGGUGGAAUUACUGGUGUACGGCCAAGGGAAUUCAACCGUCCUGUUUAUGAAGAUUUCCAGCCCCAAAUUGAGACCAACGAAGAAGAAGGAGCUCACAUUGUAGAUUUACGUUUUCCUGGUUUCAUCAAAGAGCAAUUGAAGAUCACGUACGAGGCUGAAGGAAACAACAUUAGGGUCCGAGGACAGCGACCACUUGGGAACAACAGAUGGAGCCGUUUAAACCAACUUCUUCCAGUCCCACACAACUGUGAUGUGAACAAAAUCCAUGCCAAGUUCCACAAUGGAAUCCUUACUAUUACCAUGCCAAAAGAUCAGGUCCUGAAACCGGCAUUGGUACGCCCUAAAGAAGAGAAGCCCGCAGAGAAAGCAACCCCGGAGAGUAGUAAUGAACCCGCUCCUCCGAAAGCUAGUGAGACUAAAGUUGUUCCUCCUUCAAGUUCUGAACCUAGUCAAAAAGCUGCUGCAGCUGCUGAGCAACAAGCAGAAAAGGGUCAGGAGCAAACUAAGGACGCGAGAAAUGCUGAUGCUGCCGAGCAAACGUCUCAAACCGUUACUUCGGCUGCAGAUCACAAAGGUGAAAAGCUGAGGGAUGAGAAGAAGAUGGCUCCGUCUUUGAGCUCUAAGAAAGGGAUAGUCGAACCCGAGAGACAAAAGGGUGUUGCGGAGGAGACUCUUACAGCACAACAGGAGAUUGCUGAUGAGAAGAGGGUGGUAGCUACGGCUGAUACUCAUAAAUACACAAGUGAGACAAAAAGAGACGAUGAAAGCAAAACGAGUGAGAAUGAGAGGCUUAAAGAACCAAAAAAGACCGAGAUAGUUGCGGAAAGGAGUUUGGACAAGGAAAAGGAAAAUACUCAGAAAGGAAAGGGAUCCUUCGACAAUGGAAAGAAAGCCGUCGGAGAUUUUGUUUCUGGUGCUGCGGGUGAAGAAAAGCCGGAGAGGGACGACGGUGAAGUGAGCAACGAUGGAAAUAAGCUAGGAAUAAGGCAUGCAAUUGAAGGUGCAAAACAAACUGUGACAGGUGCGGUGAGGAAGCUGAAUGAUGGUGAUAGGCAGAUGCUGAUAAAUAUUGGUGUUGCAGUUCUUACGAUUGUAGCAGUUGGGGCUUAUGUUUCACACAGCUUUGUGUCCUCCAACAAACGCCCAAACUAGAGUCCUUACAACUCAAUACCAUUAAAGUUCUAUUGAAAUUUACACCAAAUUAUUGUAUUGCAAAUGUUAAACCUAUAAUCAAGAAUCUAUAUUCGAUACAAU